AGUGACUAAUCAAACCGGCUACGACACAACGGUUGACUGAAGUCGGUGCCCCCACCCUAACCUACUUAUGCAGAGCUUACUUUGACGAGAGAAGAACGCGUAGUGGGGCGAUAAAGUAUGACUUUAGUAUUACAUUGCAAAUAGCGCAUUGGACGCCAGCGAACGCUGCGUCCUCGAGCACAGAGACGCUCCUGUUGCAUUCCGCAGAGGAGGUGCGCAACUAUCAAGUUUGAGCCAAGCGUCAGAAACACGACGCGUUUCUCUUCAUCCCUCACAAGAGGCAUGCCUCCACCGCUUUACCCAACAGUGAAAAUCGUGAAUCUGGAGUAGACCAUUGUAAAAAGAACACCGUAAGACUUCUAAAUGAGAGUUAGCGAUGUGAGAUAAAAAGGUUGCAAACACCGGAGGGCUGUCGUGAACCAUAGCGGAGUUGCUGAGUCUGUCUGCAGGAAACGGAGGACCUCACCCCCACGAACCAGUCCCCUGGGGCAGGAUUGUUCACAUGUAUCUGAAGAUUGUUUACCUAUAAAUCGUGUAUUUUAAGGGUCAGACCUCUUCGGUCGCGAAGGAUAAUCUACCUUUGAGAGGGAUUGUUGUGCGGCACUUAUCCCUCAAAUCGAUAAGAGUUCAUCGUUUGCCUCACUGGCGUCAUCCAAAGGCAAGGUUACUGUCCAUCAUCAGGUUUUUAAUCAGUGCUGCUCGGGGCGUCUUGGGAAAAUAGGCUACCCACCACAGGUCCUAACUGAAGUCCUCUUUAGGAUGAAGAUUUUACAUUUUCCCAGCCGCUCUGUUUGCGCUGUCCUUCAUCCCUCGCUUUGCUUACAAAGUCUUUAAAGUUAUGCGCAAAAUGACGAAUGAUCACAAGUGACCGAAGGGGAAUAAUACUGUUAUUGUGACGGAUUCCGCCAACUGAAUGGAACUAGCUGUGUGUUUUUUGUAAUUAAGCUCCGUUGAGGUGGGCUGAAGGAAUACAGCGGACAGGAAAGAAUGCAGUCGGGAAUGAGGGCGCUCUGUGCCGGUGGUGGAGCGUCACUAUGCUGCCUACUGUUACUGUGGGUUAUCUACUCUCACCUCCUAAAAGAAGGGCAGUUGGCGGUGGGCACCUGUGAGAUUGUAAUGCUGAACAGGGACAUGAGCCAGCCACGGCGCACCAUUGCCCGUCAAACUGCCCGCUGUGCCUGCAGGAGAGGCCAGAUCGCCGGCACCACCCGUGCCCGGCCUGCCUGCAUAGACUCGAGGAUUGUGAAGAGCAGGCAGUGGUGUGACAUGGCCCCCUGCUCCGAGGGCGAGGUGUGUGGUCUCCUCUUCAACCGCUCUGGCUGGACCUGCACCAAGGGAGGCGGCCGCAUCAAGACAGUCACGCCUUUGCCUAAGGAGCCAUCUUAAGAGAAUCCCCGGAAACUACAGGGAGGUUUACUGACGUUUAGGCCAGUCCAUCAUGUUCAUCCUCCUGAAGCCGAGAACUGAAGCUUAAUGCCCCCCUUAUCCCCCCCCCCCCCCAACCCCCACCACAUCCACCUCUCAAUUCCUCCACCCCGCUCCCCUACACAGCAGAGCCCACACCAUGUUACAGAUCUGCUAUUCAACUUUGCUUCUAAACCUCAACAACAACAACAACAACAACAACAACAACAACGACGAAAGCUCGCCAGCAGUGGACCUUGACUGGAGGAAAACAUGAGACACACUGUGAUGUUGGGGAGACACAUUCACAGUCAUAUGGUCAUUCAGUGCUGUUGAGAAUUGAAAAACAAACGAAAACAAAAUAAAAAAAUGAACAAUCUGUGAAAUUGUAAACAAACAGGAAAAAAGCUUCUACAUACCAUUUUCAGUUCAAUGGCUGCAACACUCAUGCCAUCAAAUGCAUUGGGACUGAGACUAGCAAAGUGGAAUGCAUCGCGGGACUUUUGGGGAACCAAUAUUGACAAACCCAGUUGGUAGACUCAUUUCCCACCCUACUGAACUGGCUGAGAAACUGCUGCCAAUGCUCUGGCACUAAUGACUAUAGUGGACUAGACUGCAUUGGGAAAGGGAGAGGGAGAGAGAAAGAGAGAGAGAGAGAGAGAGAGAGAGAAAGCGGACAAAAAAAAAACACACAAAGAAAGUGAGUUGGUUAGAGCUUCAAUUUCUGGUCACAUUCUGUUGGAUGGCUGCUUUGGUGCAAAAUUGGUAACCUGGUGGUGUUGCCAGGGAACAUUUGCCUGUUGCAUCAUUUGCUGAAGAGCAGUCAGCCUUUUGGGACUUCCUCUGGCUGCCCUUCCCUGGCCUCCUCGCCCCCUGGGUCCCUGUGCUAUCUGCUUUCAGUGUCCCUUUCCAGUGUUUUAUUUGUAUGAACAUAGUGGUCUUUCAACUGAAACUUUAGUCAUGAUUCACAUCAAGGAGGUCAGAGAGAAAACUGGAACAUUUGGGUGUGUGCGUGUGUGUGUGUGUGUGUCUUGUUAACCUUUAAGUCACUGUGAUGGGAGGUAUUCUUUUUUUGUUAUUUAUUUUUUUGAUGUCCCUCUAUUGGUUAUUUUGCUUUGGAAACAGGUAAAAAAAAACAUUGCAGGAUCUUGGAAUUGCCUGAAACUUCAAACACAGUUUUAUACAUGGCCUUUGACUUCGGCAAACGUCGCAACAAAAUUUAUGUUUUUUAUGUAUUAAUAUAUUUGUACUGAAAAUAUACUGUAUGUCAAAUAUAUAAGAUAAUAAGUAUACCCAAAUAUGUAUUGUAUCAAGUUAUGGCAGGCUAAUGGUUAUUAUAUUUUGGUUGUUUAUUUUCCUCAUAUGUACUGUAUGAGUAGGAAAUAGAGAAUACAGCCUGUAUCAAUAGAUUUUUGCUUCAUUUGACAUAUAUGCUUUAUGGUUUCAGGAGAAAGUUUUGCUCUGUUAACUUAUUUGUGUGCAUAUGUUUGUGCGUAUGUACUGUAUGUGUGAUUGCUUGGCAAAGAAGAGGGGAGAGCCUGAAAUAAGGAUGAGGAGAAAAAAAGUAUAUUCAGUUGUUUAUCAUAGAAUGUAAGGCU